AUGGCUGAGCGGGUCACACCAGCCCGCCGACGAGACGACCAGUCAGUGACGCCUGCUUCGAGUGUCUUUUCCUUCGAAGAGGAUGAAGACGAAGACACUCUACAAAGCAAACGUGCCAGGCUCGAUGUCGAGCCCACAGACGGAGAUGAUGGCGAGUCAUCAAAUCAAGCAGUCCUCCCUGACACUUUUCGCCGGUCGCCCCAGAGCCGCCGACAGGUCCACCGUGUGGAUGCCCGUAGGCAGACCAAGUUCCAGCCAGGCUCGAUCGUACGCGUUGCUCUCACGAACUUCGUCACUUACACCAAAGCCGAGUUUCAAUGCGGCCCAAAUCUCAACAUGGUCAUCGGGCCCAACGGAACGGGAAAGAGCACUCUAGUCUGCGCGAUUUGCUUGGGUUUAGGUGGAGCAACAGCAUUACUGGGAAGGGCAAAGGAUGUGGUGGAAUUCGUCAAGCAUGGCGCAAAGAGAGCGGAAGUAGAGAUUGAAUUGGCAGCAGACGCGAACCGACAAGGCGACAAUCCUAUAAUUACUCUACGUAUCAACAAGGAAGAUGGCAAGUGCUCAUUCUUUAUCGAUCGCAAAGCUUCGACGAAGAAAGCCGUACAGGAACUUGCACGGAAAUUCUCAAUACAAAUCGACAACCUUUGCCAAUUUUUGCCACAAGAUCGAGUUGUGGAGUUUGCCGCGCUGUCGCCGGUCGAUUUGCUGGCACAGACUCAGAGAGCUGUCGCCCCUGAUCAGAUGACUGUAUGGCACAAUGAACUCAUAGCUAUGAGCAGGGAGAGCAAGCAGAAAGAAGCUGAGCGAGUGAGCUCUGCUGAGCAAUUGAAAGCUAUGGAAGAUCGUCAAAGGUCGCAAGAAGGGGAGGUUGGACGCUUACGAGAGAGGACUGUGCUGCAAGAAAAGGCCACAUUGUACGAGAAACUGAAGCCGUUCCCAGAAUACAACCAGCUUGUCAAUCGCCAUAAGGAGGCUCGAUUACAUCGGAAAGAGGUACACAAGGAACUACAGCGAUUGGAACGUAGCAUUGCACCAUCACUCGAAGCUGCAAAUCAGAAGGCCGCCUACACUGCAGCUAUUGUAGCUCAAGUGGCCCAGCGCAAUCGUAUCAUUGAGCGUGCUGAGAAGGCUGCAGCAGACAAGUUACAGGAGCUGCACACCUCGUCAGCGUUGAUGGAAGAGUGUGAUAAUCGAAUCAUUGCGGAAAGAGAAAGCAAUAAGAAAGCCAAGUCGGUUGUCAUUGAACGUCAGAAAGAUAUACGACAAAUUCAGCUGAGCUUAGCAAAUCCACCCGCACCUUUUGACCCGGCCGAUUUCAACGAGCAAAUACGGACUAAGAAAGAGCAGAUUCGGCACUGCGAAGAUUUGAAAAGAGACAAGAACGAACAAAUACGAGGUCUUGGGAUUCAGCAGCAACAACGCGAGACGAUCAUCUCCCAGGCCGAAAGCGAGUCUCAGCACUUGCAAUCGCAAGCUGGCCGACAAAUGAGCAAGCUUGAAAACGCAUCCCGUGACACAGCAAAGGCAUGGAGAUGGGUUCAACAGAACAGAUCCAAAUUCACAGGUGAAGUCUACGGGCCACCUAUGCUCGAAUGCUCAGUCAAAGAUCCACAGCAUGCAGAUGUGGUAGAGACCAUCAUCGCACGCUCUGAGUUGAUGGCUCUGACGGUGACCAACAUGAAUGACUUCAAACUUCUUGCAUCACAAGUCUAUACGAACAUGUCGCUUACUGAUGUGAACUUGCGAUCAAUUCUGCAGCCUCUAGCAAACUUCCGAUCGCCAAUGACAGAGGAACAACUUCGCGAAACGGGCUUGGAAUGUUGGAUCAAAGAUAUGAUAGACGGACCUGAUGCUGUCAUCGCAAUGCUGUGCGAUAAUCGUUUUAUUGAAAAAACUGGCUACAGCAGAAAGGAGCUCACCAGCGCGCAGAAUGAUGCUAUCAAGCGAACGAGCAUCUCCUCGUGGGUAGCUGGUGGACAGCAUAACAUGAUCAAUCGACGUCGCGAGUACGGCGAUGCAGGUGUCAGUCAACGUACAAAUUUCGUCAAGAAGGCUCGACUCUUGACCGACGCACCCGUGGAUGUCCAGGUCGAGCAAGGUCUAAGUCGACGUAUCGCCGAAGCCCGCUCAGACAUUUCGGAGAUUGAGGCACAAAUCAAAGAACUGCAAGACGAUGUGAACCAGCUGAACAAUAAUUUUAGGCAGUUGAAGCGCGAUCUCGAAACCCUCGUCGAUGAGAAAGGCGCUAAACAAACACAGCAUACCAUGUUUGCAGGUUUGCCUGUGAAGCUCAAGAACACAGAAGAGAAAUUGGAGAAUGCUCUAGAGCAACAGCGUGGGAGCCGCGAUCGCCAACUUGCAAUAACGCUGGAAGCUGAUACCCAUUGCCUCGAAAAAUGCCAGCAUGCCAUUGAUUAUGCCAGGUUGCUUGACACCGUGCGGGACCGACAAAUCCAGCUCUUGGAAAUCGAGAUCAUGCGGAUUGAAGCUCAAUCUGAUACCGAGCAGCUGAAAGCGCGGCAUUCACAAGAAAUUGCACUUCUCGACGCAAAGGAGAAAGAACUCGGGGAAGCGCGCAAGGCAGAGGAAGAUGCACUCGCACGCGGCAAGGUCAAAGCUGAUGUUUGCCGGAGCGUCGCCGUUGAACUCACUGCUGAUGAGAGAGAAGUUCAGGAAGAAGUUUCCCGUUGGGAACCCGAAAAGCUUGAACUUGAAUUGCACUCGCUCCAGGCGCAGCUCGAGAUGCUUCAAGGUGGUAGCGGCAACGUCAUUAAAGAAUUCGAGCAACGAGCGGUCAAGAUUGAACAGCGAAGAGCCAAGGUCAACGAGCUCACAUCUUCCCUGGAAGAACUCCAAACGAAUAUUCUCGAGAUCAGACAACAGUGGGAGCCUGAGCUAGACAAGCUCAUUCAUCAAAUUUCUGAAGCGUUCGGCGAAAACUUCGCUCGCAUGCACUGUGUUGGCGAAGUUGCUGUGCACAAGGAUGAGGACUUUGACAAGUGGGCCAUUCACAUCAAGGUCAAGUUUCGCGAAUCCGAGACGCUCAGCGUCCUCGACUCACAUCGCCAAUCUGGUGGUGAGCGGGCAGUAUCUACGAUCUACUACCUUAUGGCGAUGCAGAGUCUGGCGCGAGCCCCUUUCCGUGUCGUUGACGAGAUCAACCAAGGCAUGGACCCACGUAAUGAAAGAUUAGUCCACUCUCGCAUGGUUGAGAUCGCAUGCGCUGAGCACACCAGCCAGUAUUUCCUGAUCACCCCGAAGCUAUUGAAUGGACUCAACUACCACCCCAACAUGAAGGUGCAUUGUAUUGCCUCGGGAGAAUACAUGCCAUCAAACCACCGCGAACUUGAUUUCGGCGUUCUAGCAGAGAGGGCACUAGCGAUUCGGGCUUCCGCAGGAUGA